AUGAAAAUAUUCCUGUCUGAGAUAGGACCUAAAUUUGUAAAAGGAAAGAGUAAUGAAAAUAUUCCUGAGAUAGGACCCAAAUUUGUAAAAGGAAGGAGUAAUGAAAAUAUUCCUGAGAUAGGACCCAAAUUUGUAAAAGGAAGGAGUAAUGAAAAUAUUCCUGAGAUAGGACCCAAAUUUGUAAAAGGAAGGAGUAAUGAAAAUAUUCCUGAGAUAGGACCCAAAUUUGUAAAAGGAAAGAGUAAUGAAAAUAUUCCUGAAAUAGGACCUAAAUUUGUAAAAGGAAGGAGUAAUGAAAAUAUUCCUGAGAUAGGACCCAAAUUUGUAAAAGGAAAGAGUAAUGAAAAUAUUCCUGAGAUAGGACCCAAAUUUGUAAAAGGAAGGAGUAAUGAAAAUAUUCCUGAUAGGACCCUAAAAGGAAGGAGUAAGAAAAUAUUAGGACCCAAAUUUGUAAAAGGAAGGAGUAAUGAAAAUAUUCCUGAGAUAGGACCCAAAUUUGUAAAAGGAAGGAGUAAUGAAAAUAUUCCUGUCUGA